CAGGCUGGUGGCGGUUAACAUAGAGUUUAUUUAUACUGAUCAAACAACAUUAUUUCGGCUUGUUCUUCGUUAUUAGUUUUGAUGCAUGAGUGACGACUGAAGAAAUCGGUAAAAUGUACGCUGGAUGAGGGGAGGUGUUUUAGAGAGAGGUUUCCGAUAUGGAAAUACAUCAAGUCGACAGGUGGUGUCGUUAUCCUGCAUCAGUAAUCAGCAACAAAGACGAUGUGCCUCGACGGACAUAAAACCAAAGACUGGAAUUCUGAUGUUAAAUCUCGGUGGACCGGAAACUACGGAAGAAGUGCAUGAUUUUCUUGAGAGACUGUUUCUCGACAAAGAUCUCAUUAAUCUCCCCAUACAAAGUCGUUUAGCCCCACUGAUUGCUAAGAGGCGAACUCCAAAAAUACAGACCCAGUACGCCAAAAUAGGAGGCGGAUCGCCAAUCAAACGAUGGACUGAAAAGCAGGCGAGAGGGAUGGUGGAUAUACUGGACAAAAUUAGUCCAGAGAGCGCACCACACAAGUUCUAUAUUGGGUUUCGAUAUGCCAGUCCACUCACCGAGAAGGCUGUUGAGCAGAUGGAAGAUGACGGUAUCCAGAGAGCUAUUGCGUUCAGUCAGUACCCACAAUACAGCUGCUCCACGACAGGAAGUAGUCUGAAUGCUAUAUUUAGACACUACAAAGCUCGUAUGCUGGACACUGACAUGGUGUGGAGUGUCAUUGAUAGGUGGCAAACACACCCAGGUCUUAUAAAGGCAUUUGCAAACCACAUCCGUGACGAGAUUAAGAAGUUUCCCGAAGAAGACCAAGACGACAUCAUCAUCCUGUUCUCCGCACAUUCUCUACCACUGAAGGUUGUGAACCGAGGAGACUCGUACCCUCAUGAAGUGGCCGCCACGGUCCAGCGUGUCAUGGACGAACUGGGUCACUCCCACGCGUACAGGCUCGUGUGGCAGUCGAAGGUUGGCCCGUUGCCAUGGUUAAGUCCUCACACAGACGAUGCCAUCAAAGGUUUGGUGAAACACGACAACAAGAACAUUCUUCUCGUGCCGAUCGCCUUCACGAGCGACCACAUCGAGACGCUCUAUGAACUAGACUUGGAAUACGCACAUGAGUUGGGGGCUCAGGUGUGUGCGAAGAACAUCCGGAGAGCGGCGUCCCUUAAUGACAGUCCUGUCUUUAUAGAGGCAUUGGCUGAUAUAGUGAAACAGCACUUGGAUUCGGAUGUGCUGUGUUCCAAACAACUUCUCCUCAGAUGUCCUCUUUGUACGAAUCCGGUGUGUGCCAAAAUGAGAGAAUUCUUUGCUAAUCAACAAGAAAUCCACAGAAGCCUCCAGAAGGAAAACGCUGACAUGCGAUUGGCUGGAAAGUUUUGAAAUAGUCUAACCUUAUUUUGAGUUUGAGGGCUCUGCAGUGUUAAUAUGUAUCUUAACAGGACUUCUGGAAUUUUAAUAAAAUCCACUAGCUGUGGGACCAAAAGUAAA